AUGUGCACCUACACCUUCACCCUGCACACUGCUUGCAUGCACAAGCAGUACCAAAACAUGAUGGAGUGCGUCCGCACCCGCACCGGCGACAGCACCACCCGAUUCGGCACCUACAGGACCCUCCACGGCGAGCUCACCCUCAACAGGCCUGUCCAUUUGCCCGAGAAGGAACCCUUUGACAUUCCGCUCCGGGAGUGUCGCGCUCGGCCCCGGUUUGCCACGCGCCCUGUGUCUGGACUGUGUGGUGCUUGUAAGAGGGCGGAGAGGGAGAAGAGGGCUGCUAAGGCUCUAGCGGGGGUUGCCGAUAUGCCGGCGGGUGUGAGGACCAGCAUCAUGGGGUUGGAGACGCUGGUUGCUGCUACCAAGAGGAUGGAUCUGGAGGAUUGA